UUCUAAUUUGUUCAGCUUAAAUCCACCUCUGCUGCUGAACAAAUCCAAAAAACAUCCAAUCACAAUCUCAAAUCACAAUCAUAGGAUCCAGGACCAAAAUAAAAACACAUUCGCUCUCGGUCUUGGUAGAUCAACCUUUCUCGAAGUUUUCUUUGGUCAGUUAGUGUUGGACUGAGCUUGUAAAAUCCCAAUAAGUAAACAAUCGGAUCCAUCAAAGCUUAUACCUUCCUAUAUCAUUGAAACUGAGCCUGGACCGUCUGGAAAGCUCCUCUGAUCAAUCGCAGAGGACUCACCUAGAAGCUCGCAUGGACUGUGGCGGAAUCCUUCCGCCUCCCUUGCCUUUGCCACUUCCUGGAAGUAAAGAUCCAUCUCACGACAAAACGAAUCUCAGCCAAAACCGGCUUCUUGCCCAAAAUCAACAUCAACUUCAGUCUGGAUCGGGCAACGGGGCGGGAUCUCGAGUUGAAAAGGGUCUUGCGGGUGUUGUGUUCUUAGACGCAAAUCAACAGCACAAAACGAAAGAGACGUCCAGUUUACACGAUUCUCCCUCCGCAAAGAUAUCUCGAGGAGUCCCGGUGUCCAAGAUGGUGUCUUCAGCAACACCCAUUGUCAAGUCAGUCUCAGGCGCCAGUGACAUCUAUCCUUUGCAACCGAACCUCCUAGGUCCAAACGGAACUGGAUCCAUGUUGGAUAGUCAUCCAGACCAAAUGUCUCCUUCAACCGGGCCCAACCGGGAGAGAAGACAAAGAACCCAGUUCACCUCGCACCAGUUACGCGAACUGGAAUCCAUGUUCGCCAGAAACCGUUAUCCAGAUAUGGCAACGCGAGAAAGACUUUCAGCAUGGAUCAGUCUUUCGGAAACUAAAGUUCGAAUCUGGUUUAAAAACCGAAGAGCCAAAUGGCGUAAGAAGGAGCGACACUCCGCGACCUCUACCCCGCAGAACCCGGCACCGUCUCUGGAUGCUGCGGCGGCUGCUGCUGUUGCCUGGAAACCAAGCUCUUUUCUCCACACCACACCUUCAGUGCCUUUCAACUAUCCGCAUUACGACCCUUUAAGACAAUCUCUGGUAUCUGCAGCAGCUCCCAAUUCUUUCAACGUCGACUCAAAAACAACGUCUCCUUUCAUCGCACCUGCGAACGCGUUCGGUUCUUGUUCGGCCACGCCUUUCCGACCUUACACUCAACCAUCUUGGAACCUGUUUUCAAACAGUCUUCAAACUCAGUUCCCAGGAGUCCAGGCAUUCGGAGCCCACUCGUAUCCAGACCCAAUUAUGGACCACCAUCUGAACCCAUUCGGACCUAGCGCUGCAGCUCCUCUGGGUUCAGCGAACGACACGCUCUUAGGUGGAGCCCCAUCACACCCAAAUCCCUAUUCGGUCAAACAGGAGUUCUGGCACGAACUGGACGCCCGGGCAAACAACACUGCAAACCAGAACAGCUGUUUUUCAGUUGCAACUAGUAGAUGAAUCUCAAAAAUGGUAGUCGAAAACCAAACUGAAGUUCAAAAACCAUUUCCUGCCUUAUCUCCUCAAAUUAAU